GUAUUUAAGCAGCUGCACCACUAUACCGUCGUCUGCUCCUCUGGAAAUCGGCAUUAGGACAGGUCGUGUAAGAAAAUUUAGCUUUAAUUAUCAAUUUGUUCCAGUCUAUUAAAUCUUUCACCAUGGAUGAUGAUGUUGCAGCUCUUGUUAUUGACAAUGGUUCGGGUAUGUGUAAAGCCGGAUUUGCCGGAGAUGACGCCCCCAGGGCUGUGUUUCCAUCCAUCGUCGGCAGACCCAGGCAUCAGGGUGUGAUGGUCGGUAUGGGUCAGAAGGACAGUUAUGUUGGAGACGAGGCCCAGAGUAAGAGAGGUAUUCUCACCCUGAAAUACCCCAUCGAACACGGUAUCGUCACCAACUGGGACGACAUGGAGAAGAUCUGGCAUCACACCUUCUACAAUGAGCUGCGUGUGGCUCCAGAAGAGCACCCCGUGCUUCUAACUGAGGCUCCCCUCAACCCCAAAGCCAACAGAGAGAAAAUGACACAGAUCAUGUUUGAGACCUUCAACACCCCCGCCAUGUACGUUGCUAUCCAAGCCGUGUUGUCGUUGUACGCCUCUGGACGUACAACAGGUAUUGUACUGGACUCAGGAGACGGUGUCACUCACGAUGUGCCUAUUUACGAAGGAUACGCUCUGCCUCACGCCAUCAUGAGAAUUGACCUUGCGGGCAGAGACUUAACUGAUUACCUCAUGAAAAUCCUCACAGAGCGCGGCUAUUCCUUCACAACAACAGCCGAGAGAGAAAUCGUCAGGGACAUCAAGGAAAAACUUUGCUACGUAGCCUUGGAUUUCGAGCAGGAAAUGUCCACGGCUUCUAGCUCGUCAUCUUUGGAGAAGAGUUACGAACUUCCCGACGGUCAAGUCAUCACCAUUGGCAACGAGAGGUUCCGGUGUCCAGAAGCCCUAUUCCAGCCAUCCUUCCUCGGUAUGGAGACGGCAGGCAUUCAUGAAACCACCUACAAUUCCAUCAUGAAAUGCGACGUGGACAUUCGUAAGGACCUGUACGCCAAUGUUGUUAUGUCUGGAGGUACAACCAUGUAUCCCGGCAUCGCUGACCGUAUGCAGAAAGAAAUCACCGCCCUUGCACCUACCACCAUGAAAAUCAAAGUAAUCGCUCCGCCGGAGAGGAAAUACUCCGUCUGGAUCGGUGGCUCCAUCUUGGCCUCUCUGUCCACCUUCCAGCAGAUGUGGAUCAGCAAACAGGAGUAUGAUGAAUCUGGCCCAAGCAUUGUACACAGAAAGUGCUUCUAAAUCACACUGCUGGAACGUGCUAUGUAGCAAUGAAAGAGUUCGAAUUAUUUAUUGACUCAUUAUUACUUCUGCAAAACACGUACAACAUUAACAAUUGUAAAACAUGACAAAAUGUACAAAAAAGAAGCUGUAUGGUCCAGGUUUUAUCUCAAAGGUUGUUCAUAGUCUGAUUCGGCCAAGUUGUUCCAUCUUGGUUUCAUCAUCGAGAAUCCAUUUGGAAAUUCUUGCUCAAUGUACAAGGUGCAAUGUUUAUGCAUAUGAAAAGUUUUUAAUAAAGAGAUUUUUUAAAACAAACGA